AUCUUCCUCUAAGAAGUGAGGGAAAAAAAACACACACACACGCACACAAACAUUUGAAUAUUUUGAUUACUAAACCUGUGUUGUGUUGUGUUUGAGGAAUCAACUAAUACGAAUGGCUUCUGCUGCUGCUUCUUCAUGUUCUUCCAUUUCCAUGAUGUUCCUAACUCAUUCUUGUGGUGCUACUUCUUCCACCGCCCACCGCCUUCUCCCACCGGGAUGCCUCCGCCACCGCCUCCACUGCCACCCCUUACAGAUGGGCCCCACCUAUCUCCGAUGCCUCACUUUUCACUCUUCCGCAGCAGAACCUCCUUCCCCGCCCCAUGUUGUUCUUCCCCAUGCUUCCCUGACUACUGAGGCUAAUACUAAGGUGAUUGAUGGAAAAGCGGUAGCAAAGCAGAUCAGAGAUGAGAUAACGGUUGAAGUCUCCAGGAUGAAAGAAGCUAUUGGUGUGAUUCCAGGGUUAGCCGUAAUCCUUGUUGGAGAUAGAAAGGAUUCGGCUACUUACGUGCGUAACAAGAAGAAAGCUUGUGAAUCUGUUGGAAUCAGUUCUUUGGAAGUACAUUUAGCGGAGGAUUCCACAGAAGAGGAAGUUUUGAAGCAUAUUUCAGGCUACAAUGAUGAUCCUUCUGUUCAUGGCAUUCUUGUUCAGUUACCUUUACCUUCUCAUAUGAAUGAGCAAAAUGUCCUGAAUGCUGUUAGAAUUGAGAAAGAUGUAGAUGGUUUUCAUCCAUUAAAUAUUGGUCGUCUUGCCAUGCGUGGUAGAGAACCGCUAUUUGUUCCCUGUACACCAAAGGGGUGCAUAGAGCUACUUCACAGACACGGCAUUUCCAUUAAAGGAAAGAGGGCCGUUGUAAUUGGUCGGAGCAAUAUCGUAGGAAUGCCAGCUGCUCUCCUGCUGCAGAGAGAAGAUGCUACUGUUACUGUUGUCCAUUCAAGAACCAAUAAUCCUGAAGAGAUCACAAAGCAGGCAGAUAUUAUCAUUUCUGCUGUUGGGCAACCAAACAUGGUUAAGGGAAGCUGGAUAAAACCUGGUGCAGUAAUUAUCGAUGUUGGAAUCAACCCAGUAGAGGAUCCGAGUAGCCCUCGAGGUUAUAGACUGGUUGGAGAUGUUUGUUAUGAAGAAGCCAUAGAAGUUGCCUCGGCUGUUACUCCUGUUCCUGGAGGAGUUGGUCCAAUGACCAUAGCAAUGCUUCUCCAGAAUACACUCAUCUCUGCAAAGAGGAUGCAUAAUUUUGAAUAAACAA